AUUAAAGAGAGACUAUACCAAAGAGAGACCCGCAAAAAACUGGUUCUUCAAUCAAAAAAAGAGAACCAAAUUUUUGCACAAUGGAGAAAAAAGAAUCAAGUAGAAUUAAGGACCUCCAACAGAAGCGAGUGCUGGAUGACGCGGCCCGCAGGAGAAGACAGAGGAAGGCGCUCGAGGCCCUGGAGCAGGAUAAUUUUCAGGACGACCCUCACGCUGACCUCAAAAUGAGUAAAAAGGCUCCCAAGUUUGAGGAGUCGAUGGAAUCACCAGCACCAACAGGAAAGAAAAAGCGUAAAAGUAAAGCAGACAACUUCAAAUUUCGAUACAAGAAAAGUUUUGCUGCAUUACUUGAAGAGGAGCACAUGUUGAACAAAGAUCCUCCAAACUACAACACAGCAGGGGUUCCCCCCUCGCGAUUCCCCGACAGAAAGUUCUGUGCCGUUUGUGGAUUCCCCUCUAAUUACACGUGUGUACAGUGUGGGGCCAGGUACUGUUGUGUGAGGUGUCUCGGCACACAUCAGGAUACAAGGUGCCUGAAGUGGACGGCCUGAUGAUCUCUUUCUUUCUAUAAGGAAACUGUGCCCUCAUGGAAUCAGUUGACUGAAAAUAUAAAUGGAUGGCAAAACACUGCUGUGAUAGACAAGACAUGUGCUUCACAAAAUCAAUCCUUGGAGACCUAUCGUCACAGAAAGAAAGCCAUUUGGUGAAGCAUGUACAAACUGAGAGCUGUUCACAUCUUGGACAGAGUCAGAAGUGGGGCAGUUGUUUUUCUCAUUAUAAUAUAGUGUGUCUAUAUGCCCUUAACUGAAAGUGAAAAUCAAAAGAUAAAUUAUUGUAAUUGAUUACUUUAGCUGACAGUUUAUUUUUAUGUAGGUCACUUUCAAAGACCCAUUGGCUACUGUGCUCACCUUAAUCAUGAUGAAAAAUAAAAAUGUAAUGUUGUGACUAAGCAUAUGCCAAGAUAUGUAAAAUUGUCAUGUUUUGAAUAAUAAUUUUUGCAUAUAAAUGUUGCAAAUCACAAAUUUAAA